AUGGACCAGGACGUCACGUCCGCGGGCCCCGAAGACCCGAACUUUCGGAGAGUGGUAAGCAACGCCCCCAAUGGUUCUUUGCCAGCCCGAGGUGUGACCGAUGCCGUGCUCGCAAGCUCCAUCGGUGGGACACAUAAGUCCAAGGAGCCGAGACAGUGGGUUCUCAUCUCUCACCAAUACGAGAGGAAGAUAGAUCUCAUUGAGGAGAGGCUGGACGGCAUCGAGGAUGCACUAUGGGCCAUCGCGGCUGGUGGCACCAUUAUCGGUUCGAACCGGGUGAGCCAGCGCAGUGCGGCCCCCUCAACGGCCUCGAGAAGCUUGCGCAGUAUACACCCUCAGGCGGCGCAGACGGAGGUUGAGGACGAGGACAAGGACGAGUCAGAUUCCGUCGUCGGGGUCGACUAG